AUGUUAGCAGAGUUGCUAAAGGAGGUUAAGGAAACUAGAGAAAGGAGGGAAAUAUUCCACAAACCAAUACAGAAAGGUUUAAAAGAAUUUAGAGAAUCAUUAAAGGAAGACUUACGAGAAACUAUAGCACAAGAAAUCAAAACAUUGCAAAUGAAUAUAGAAUGUAAUCUGGAGAAGGAAACGCAGGAGUUACCAGAACGACUGAAGAUGAACAUCGACGAGAGAGAGAAUAAGCUACAGAAGAAUAUAGACCAAGUCCAGGGAGAUGUGGAGAAGAUGGAAGGAAAGUUAACAAAAAAGAUAGAAGACAAUAUUGAAGAAACUAAAGCCGAAUUGGGAGGAAGAAUCAACGAAGUGGAAACAAAUUGCAAUCAUCGAAUUGCUGAGGUGACGCAGAUGCAGAAACAAUGUAAUGAUGCGGUUAAGGGGAUAGGAGACAGGCAAAACCAAUUGGCUGUCAAUCUGAGAAAUGCUAUAGUUGUGCAACGAGAAGAGGAUAACAAGAGGAUUGCAAUGAAGGUCAGCCAAUUACAACAGGGAGUGCAACAACUGGAGAGCAAAACCGAAGAAAUGGAUAAACGAAUUAGCAGUGCCACUUUAACCGUUGGGGAAGGAAAACAUGAGUUCUUCACGCUGUCUUUGCGUGAACCAUCCAGAUGA